GUUAAAUAUAAGCAGCAAUCUAUUGAUAACUGUUUCCGUGAGAGACUUUUCUUCAGCUGCUGAAGCAGGAACUCUGGAUUGAUUGACCUUGAUUUACAAAGCACUUGAAGCAGGAGGAAAACUGCAGCCAUGAAGCUUCUCUACUUGCUGCAGCUGGUCUGCUUGGCCGGCUGCAGUACUUCCAGAUCCAGAGAGUGGGCUCAUCAUGGAGCCCCAAUGUUUGCCGACCUCACAGUACGGGAGAUGAAAGCUGUCCGGGACUACCUGCAUGGUAUUCCAGAGAUGGAGCUCACUAGCGCUCGCAGCAAAACUCUGAAGAAGAACAGUAUCCUUCUAAUGGAACUCCAUCUGCCAAAGAAGUAUGAGGCCCUAAGAGCUCUGGACCGUGGACAAGCCAAACCGCCACGCCAAGCUCGAGUCAUCAUUCAGUUUGGGAACCAAACCAAGCCCAACAUUACUGAGUACAUUGUGAGUCCUCUGCCAUCCCCGAAGUCUCACAUAGUGAAGACAUUCAAGGGGGAGAAGCCUGUUCAGUUUGAUUCAAGGCCCAUUACUGCUGCAGAGUAUGGCCAUAUUGUUGACAUCCUUGUGAAGAUCUCAAAUAAAGCUCACAAGCUCCUGUUUGAAACCACGGGAGGAUUUUCCUUCUCGAACUGCUCUGACCGCUGCCUGACAUUCUCAGACAUUGCCCCCCGUGGGUUGGGUCCAGGUGAGAGGAGAUCCUGGAUUAUGUUGCAAAAGUUUGUGGAGGGUUAUUUCAUUCACCCAAUUGGAUUUGAAGUACUGAUCAACCACCAGGACCUGGACCCAGAAAAAUGGACUGUUGAGAAGGUCUGGUACAGCAGUAGGUAUUUUGACAGUGUUGAGGAACUGGUAGAAAAAUAUGAAUCAGGAAAAGUGGAAAAGGUCAAACUGCCUGAUCACGGUGAUGAUGAUUUUUUUUCCACUUACAUCCCCCGGGGUUACAGCAACACUCCCACUAAUAUCCAUGGACCAAAGCUUGUGGAGCCUCAGGGGCCUCGCUAUUAUGUUGACCACAACUUUGUUGAAUAUGCUGGAUGGUCUUUUGCCUACAGAGUCCGCUCAUCAGCUGGGCUUCAAGUUUUUGACCUGCGUUUUAAUGGGGAAAGGAUUGCCUAUGAGAUCAGCCUCCAAGAAGCUAUUGCCUUCUAUGCAGGUGAUACUCCCGCUGCCAUGCAGACAAAGUACAUCGAUGCAGGCUGGGCAAUGGGCACCUCAACCUAUGAGUUGGCACCUGGAAUCGACUGUCCAGAAAUUGCAACCUUUGUUGACCUUUACCACUACUUUGACACAGACAAACCUGUGCGCUACAGAAAUGCUCUCUGUAUUUUUGAGAUGACCACUGCUAUGCCUCUGAGAAGGCAUUUCAACUCCAACUUUCAGGGGGGAUACAACUUCUUCGCAGGGCUGGAAAACACCGUGUUAGUGAUGCGGACAACCUCCACAGUAUACAACUAUGACUACAUCUGGGACUUCCUCUUCUACCUGAAUGGGGUGGUGGAGGUAAAGGUCAGUGCAUCUGGAUACAUCCAUGCUACUUUCUUUACACCUAACGGACUUCACUAUGGUACAAAGGUGUACAACUAUGUGCUGGGUAACCUGCACACACACCUCAUCCAUUAUAAAGUGGACCUGGAUAUUGCUGGUCGAGAGAACAGCUUUGAGACCAUGGAUCUAAAAUUUGUCAACUUCACAAAUCCAUGGAGCCCAAAGGAUUUCGUCGUCCAAUCCAAACUCCACAGGACCGAACACAAGACUGAGCGAUCUGCAGCUUUUCGUUUUGGCAAAAAGUUCCCCCGCUAUUUGCACUUUUACAACCCCAGUGAGAAAAACAAAUGGGGGCACCAGAAGGGUUAUCGUAUUCAGUUUAAUUCACAUGCUCACAGUGUCCUUCCAAGAGGCUGGAGAGAGGAAAAUGGCAUCAGUUGGUCAAGAUAUCCUCUGGCUGUGACUCGUCAUAAAGAUAGUGAAACCACCAGCAGCAGCAUUUAUGCUCAGAAUGACCCAUGGGAACCUGCGGUGUCCUUUGAGGACUACAUCCGCAACAAUGAAGAUAUAGUCAACCAGGACCUGGUCGCCUGGGUGACGGUGGGCUUCCUGCAUGUGCCUCAUUCAGAAGACAUCCCCAACACGGCAACACCUGGCAACGCAGUGGGCUUCUUCCUCCGACCGUUCAAUUUCUUUGAUGAAGAUCCUUCUCUGGCAUCCAGGAGCACCGUCAUUGUCCGGCCGGGCCAGGACGGCAAGCCCAAGGUCCAGAGAUGGACGCCUGAGGUCAUCGGUCACUGUGUGACAGACAAGCCAUUCUUCUACAAUGGCACUUAUGCAGGAGUCUGAAAGUAUUUUCUUAGCACAUGUUGUAUGAUGAGGUUCUCAGGUUAACAACAAUCACUUAAAUAACAUAGUCAGUUUAUCUGAAAUAAUGUACAACGAUGACAAACCUCUGAGUUGUUUUUUCUUUCUUAUUUUAUCAAAAAUUCAUGUGAUACAAUAAAGGAGAACAUUUUAAGAAGGGUAAA